ACCCUAUAGACUCUUUCCCCGCGCGGUAGACCAAAACUCAUCUCAAAUUCUUUCCAAUUGAUUUGUAUGUCAUCUUUGAUAUCUCCUCCACUGUUUCCUCUUGAUAGAACCGUAGACCAGCAACUGUAAGCCCGGUACUUCUUGACCUGGACUCAGGUCCUAUAAAUCGCCCCACUUCAACCAGGCAGGAGAGCCAAGCAAUUCCGCCUUACACGCAGGCAGGCAGGCGAAUUUACCCCGCCAUCCAGCGUGAGCCUCACCUCACUUCACCUCUCAACCAUCACCUCACCUCAUCCCACCUCACUCGACCUAUCACUCACUCACUCACUCACUCACUCACCCAACUCAGCCCAAUCUCUACUUUAACACCUUAAACCCCAUGCCCCUACGAAGCAAACUAAAUUUCGACCCUCACACCACCACAACGACAUCCACGGCCCCAACAGCAGCAAAUCCAACAUCACCCAAAAUGGCCACCACCCAGACAAAAGACCGCAUAACCUGCCACGUCCUAGACACAUCAGCCGGAAAACCAGCCCGCAACGUCCGCGUCCAACUCUCCACCACCAUCCCGUCCCCCGCCAACACCACAACCGCCGGCACUUCGUCCCCCGGCGCGCCAUCCGGAGGCAUCCUCAAAGAAUUCGAAUCCACCACAGACGAAGACGGCCGCGUCAAAUCCUGGCUCCCCUUCUCCUCCGCCACCUCGUCGGGCGAAGUCCCCGUCUACACCCUCGACGACGUCCUCGGCGAGAUAGAAGCCACUUCCACCGCGACCUCGUCCCGCUGGACGCUAAAGUUCGACACGGCGUCCUACUUUGGCGGCGAGGACGAGACCUUCUUCCCCGAGGCCGUGGUGGUUUUCACGGUGAAGAGGGGCCAGCAUUAUCAUGUUCCGUUGCUGUUGAGCCCGUACAGCUAUACCACCUACCGGGGCAGCUAAUCUUUUUGUCCGAAUGUCAAGGCCAUAACGGGGGGAGAAUUCGGAUUUUGCGGAGGGAAUGAGGUGAGCUGGUUCAUGGCUGUGAGUGGGAUAGCUCCAUGGGGAUAGAGAACCGAAAAGAGGGAUUCAUGUGAUGGGCUAGUCUCUGAUAUGAAGGUCCGGCUGAUGCAUCCAUGGGUUCGUUACAUUUUGCUUUGGGGGUGCCUGAAGUACUAUGGUAGCUCACAUGUCAAGAAAUAUCAAGGUCACUAGGGCGGAUCGAUCAUCACGUUCAAAGGGCAGAAGAAAGGAUCAAGUGAAUAGUGCAAAGGAAUUGCAACUAAACGAUAGA